AUGCCCGGGGCCGGGGCCGCGGGGGGCCACAGGACCUACUUCCCCUUCUUCUCGGACUUCAGGGGCCGCAACGUGACGGCCCUGCGCAUCGGUGAGUCGGUGGCGCUGGGCUCCAUCUUCCUGCUGGCCUUGGUGGGCAACGUCUGGGGCAUCUGCCUGCUGGCCUGGCGGCGGCACCGGCUGUCCGUCGCCAACUGCCUGGUCCUCAACCUCUUCUGCGCUGACCUGCUCUUCAUCACCGCCAUCCCCUUCAUCGGCGUCGUGCGCUGGACCGAGUCCUGGGUGCUGGGAGACGUCAUCUGCCACAUGCUCUUCUACGUGAUGACCCUCAGCGGCACCGUCAUCAUCCUCUCCCUGUCGGCCGUCAGCCUGGAGCGCGUCGUCAGCAUCGCCCGGCUGCGCCACGCCGCCUGCCGCCGCCGCAAGGUGCUGGCCGUCGCCCUCCUCGUCUGGGGCUUCGCCGCCGCCGUCACCCUGCCGCUCUGCUGCUUCUUCACCGUGAUGCGGCUGCCCGCCGCCGCCGGGGAGGAGGUUCAGAUUUGCACCUUGGUUUGGCCCAGCACUGCAGGAGAAAUACUUUGGGAUGUGACCUAUGCCAUUGUUGUCUUUUUAAUACCGGGAUUAGUCAUUGUCAUCAGUUACUCCAGAAUCUUGCAGAUUACAAAAGCAUCAAGAAAAAGUUUAAAUGCUGGUUUGGCCUACUCACAAAAUCAUCAGAUUCGUGUUUCCCAGCAGGACUACAAACUAUUCCGAGCCCUCAUUGUGUUGAUGAUCUCCUUCUUCAUCAUGUGGAGCCCAAUUAUUAUCAUUAUUUUUUUAAUUUUAGUCCAGAACUACAAGCAAGAUUUAAAUAUUUUGCCAUCAGUUUUCUUUUGGAUAGCGCUAUUCACUUUUGCCAACUCUGCUGUCAACCCAGUUUUGUAUAAUGUUGCCCAUUUCAGACGUAAAUGUCAGGAAAUUCUUCUCUGUUUUACAGGGAACCAUAUAGGGAAUGGGGCUGGUACAGAAACCACUGCAAAAAGAAGUAAACGUGAACAACCUAAUUUGUCUUUCAUUACCAGAUAA